UCCCAUGAUAACAUCAGUCGGCACCCGUCAAAGAUGGCCGCCGCUACGAUGCAAGGGCUCGGCGCCCACAGAAUGGAGGAAAAGAAGUUGGAGUACUUCUCUUCCAUCAACUCCAUGGCGAGGAAGAUCAUGCAGGAACGGGAGAAAAUCAAAGCCAAGCACGGGUCGUCCUGGGAUAAAAUGACACCGCAGGAACAGGACAACGCCAUCGAUAACUGGAUGAUGGACCCUCAAAUCCGAGCCCGAUAUGCUAUGCACAGAGUGGAGCGCGAGGAGGUGGUUUGUUACCCCAAACUACUCAUUCAGACCGGCCAGAAGAUAGUCCACUUCGGUGAAGAGGACAUUACGUGGCAGGAUGAGCAUUCUGCUCCAUUUUCAUGGGAAACAAAGAGUCAGAUGGAGUUAAGCCUGAGCUCAGAAUCUGCAGAUCAGAGCCCUGCUGUCUCACAGGCAGAACCAAAGCCGGCAAAAGCUCCUCAUCCCAAUCAGGGGAGCAAGAGCACACCUGCAACCAAGGUGUCUGCCAGCGAGGGGCAGAAACCUGGGGAGGAGUCCUCCUUCUGGAAGAUCACCUCUGUAAGGUCCAGGCUGGAGAGUGAAAAGACCGGCUUCCAGUCCCUGACACCCAGCCAGAUCAAAUCCAUGGAGAAGGGAGAGAAGCCCCUCCCCUCUUACCUCAGACAGGAGAGCUCCAAGGGAGCAGAGCCAGCAGAACAUCCGCCUCCUGCUCCUGCCAAGUCCAUUAAACACCGAGCCCCCAAGCCUCCUGCCCCCCCGCCCCCUGUGCCCGCCUCCUCCACCACCGUCAGCGCCACACCCGCCUCCAUCUCCAUUGCGCCCAGCCCGGCCCCGCCCAGCAGCACCUCCACUGGAGGCUGGGAGAGAUCCCAGAGCACCCUGCCGUUGGCCGGCAGCAGCCUGGAUGAAAUGUUCCCCUCCAGCCUGAUGUCUAAGCCGUCUAGCACCCCCGCCUCAGCAGAAAGGGAGGACAAAGCUUCGACCAACUUGGACAUGAGCCCGACCUUCUCCCAGUUCAACACCAGCAGCAGCAUCCUGAAGACCGGCUUCGACUUCUUGGACAACUGGUAAAGCUAAGCUGUGAGCGCACCCCCCCCCCCAACAAGUCCUCAUCACCCGCUUCCCAUGGGCUGUUGCCAUGACAACAAGACCUCCUCGUUUUUCUCAGCUUCAGCAGCUUGAAAUACCUUUUUUUUUUUCCUCUUUUGUGUUGAUCUUCAGUGGAUUCCAAACCUUUUAGCGUGACGCUCAUCAAUGUUUUUACUGCACUGAUGCACUGAUGUUCAUGAAAACAUUCUCACCACAUCAGAGAUGCUCAUAACUUCCAUAAGCAGCUUUGUGUUUUUAUCACACGGUGCCGACACUAAAAUCCACGUCACUUUAUUUGAGUACGUUUCUAUUCUACUUAAAACAUAUUUAUUACUGUUUCAGAUCAUUCUUGUUCCUGCAGAUUGUAGAAAAUCUCACAGAAAAGGAGGGAAAAAGUACCUUUUACUGUCAGAUUUAAUGUGUUGGGUGUUUUGGGACGGAAGACGCAAUGUGCAGUUUUCUCAGGAGUUCACAACUAUUGUUGGGGUGGGUUGCUAUGGUAACUUUUUUCCAAAGGUACAGAUCUGACUGGCAAAUGGACAGCACAGGUUUGCAGCGGGGAUUUUUGCUUGUAGAAAUUAAAUCUGAUGCAAAACUAUAGAACUAUUUUCCAGAUGUUUAUAUUUAUCUGCUGAUUGUAACUUCCUGUGUGUAAUUCCUGUGUUUUGAAGCUACGCAUUGAAAGUAGGUCAAAUAAAUGAAGCGUCAAUCGUG